AUGGUGUUUGGUAUGGCUGAGAUAUACGACCAUCAGUUCCCUGACGAGGACUGCAUCAGGAAGCACGACCGUCCAGGUGUCCUCUCUAUGGGCAACUCUGAGUGCCCAGACUACGACGCGUUUGGACAAGUUGUGAGUGGGUUUGAUGUGAUCUCUCCCGUUGAACAGAUGGUCGGAAAUCAAUUUGGGAAUCCUUCCGAGCCCGUGAUAAUCGCCGACUGCGGUCAGAUUCUUCCCUGA